AUGAAUGCAGAUGCCCUCCACUGCAUUGUUGAAGUCUAUGGGCCGAACGCUGUUACCAAGCUGUACGAGCUCGUGGAGCAGGAGGCGGCCGAGGGAGCCUUCUACCAGGAGUCGUGGGAUCUUCGUGGCUUCUUACUUCUUACCUUCGCCUGGAAACGCCAGUACGAUGCUGGUGUCCGCAACUUGUUUGCUUUGAUCCAGUCGAUCCGACAAGCCCAAGAGAACCCGGGUGAAGAAGACGACGAGGAAUAUGAGGAAGAUGAAUGCGAGGAGGAGGAUCCCGUGCCCGAAGAGGCUGCUCCGGAAGAUGAUGAGGAAGACUAUGAUCAGUGGGAUGAAGACGAGGAGGAGGAGCACAAAGAGGAGGCUGAGGAAGCCGAGGAGGAAGGAGAGGAGCAAAAGGAGGAGGAGAUGGCUCCCCCUCCACCGAAGAAGCUGAAGAGGAUGAAAAGCAAAGCUCGCCUCCGCAAGGGUUUGUCGAAAGAGUCCUCCGACGGCCCAGCCACUCCCGCAUGCAAGCUUCCCAGGGCAUCGACUGAAGAAAGCUACCAGGAGGUCCCCACGGCAUCCAAGGAGGAAGAGCUGAAGCAGAUUAUGGACAAGAUCAAGACCUUGCAGAUGCUACUAGGCCGCAUCUUAUAG